CCGGCCCGCAGCCGCCCCCGGGCUUGCAUGGCCCUCUAGGCAACCUGUUCCAGGCCAAAGAAGACUCAGAACCUCCGAAGGCUUCUUCUAGCCUUAAGACGACAAACGUGGCAUCAUCUUCCCAGCCAAAAAGAGUGAGUCCUAAGCUGGAGCUUAGUCCACAGCAGAUACAGGAGCUACGCCAAGCUUUUGAUCCCUUCGAUACUGAUGCAACUGGGACCACUGAUGUUAAAGAGCUCAAGGUGGUGAUGAGAGCAAUGGGCUUUGAACCAAAGAAAGAAGAGAUUAUGAAGAUGAUAAGUGAAAUUGACCCAGAAGAUUCCAAAGAAGACAUCCUGAAAGCUUUCAAGCUCUUCGAUGAUGAUGAAACUGGGACCAUAUCAUUUGACAAUCUCAAACGUGUAUCCAAUGAGUUGGAUGAGAACAUCACUGGUGAGGAGCUGAAGGAAAUGAUUGAUGAAGCUGAUCGCGAUGGAGAUGGGGAAGUCAAUGAGGAAGAUUCCUGCGUAUCAUGA